CAUCCAGCCCUCCGCACGUUCCACAUCAUUGAAAGAUCGGGAGUUGAACAGCCAACUCCUUCGGCCUCGGCCAUCACGCCCUCUCUUCUUCCCUCCUCAAAUCCUCCGCUUCUCUCUCGCUCUCACCCUCUCGCUCUGUUCUUACAUCACCAAAGUGUAGAAGGCAAGCGAAGAGGCCGGCUCCGCAAUGGCGUCUUCAUCCUCGGCCAUCUCCUCCACCAGAUUUACUCAGCCCCCAAUCAAGAGCAACCCCAAAUCUCCCUACUAUCCCCUCCCUAGUUCCCCAUUUCUGGGCUCCCACUCAAAGCUCCGGCGCCCAUUUUCCCUCUCCUUGAGAUCUCCUGGCAGAAGAAGCUCCUUUUCUAGCGCCCUCAAACAGAAAAUCCCAAAAGCGACCGCCACUACUGCGGCUGAUUCUCUGUUGAUCACGAAAGAAGAAGGACUAGAGCUCUAUGAAGACAUGGUGCUGGGGAGAUCGUUCGAGGACAUGUGCGCCCAGAUGUAUUACAGGGGCAAGAUGUUCGGCUUCGUUCACCUGUACAAUGGGCAGGAGGCUGUGUCCACGGGCUUCAUCAAGCUGCUGAAGAAGGAAGACUACGUCUGCAGCACCUACAGAGAUCACGUCCACGCCCUCAGCAAGGGCGUCUCUUCGCGGGCGGUCAUGAGCGAGCUCUUCGGCAAGACCACCGGGUGCUGCCGCGGCCAGGGCGGCUCAAUGCACAUGUUCUCCAAGGAGCACAACGUCCUUGGCGGCUUCGCCUUUAUUGGUGAGGGGAUUCCCGUCGCCACCGGUGCGGCCUUCACUACAAAAUACCGAAGGGAGGUCCUUAAGGAAGAAGACUGCGACCAUGUGACGCUUGCAUUCUUCGGCGACGGGACCUGCAACAAUGGGCAGUUCUUCGAGUGCCUGAAUAUGGCGGCGCUUUGGAAACUGCCCAUCGUGUUUGUGGUAGAAAACAAUUUGUGGGCCAUCGGAAUGUCGCAUCUCAGGGCAACUUCUGAUCCGGAGAUCUGGAAGAAAGGGCCGGCGUUCGGAAUGCCGGGGAUUCAUGUUGAUGGUAUGGACGUUUUGAAGGUGAGGGAAGUGGCGAAGGAGGCAAUCGCGAGGGCGAGGCGAGGAGAGGGGCCGACUCUGGUUGAAUGCGAAACGUAUCGAUUUAGAGGACACUCCUUGGCCGAUCCUGACGAGCUUCGCGAUCCUGCUGAGAAAGCUCACUAUGCUUCAAGAGAUCCAAUUGUGGCGUUGAAAAAGUACAUAAUUGAGAACGACCUGGCUACAGAAUCCGAGCUAAAGGCGAUUGAGAAGAAGAUCGAUGAAGUUAUUGAAGACGCGGUUGAAUUUGCGGACCAGAGUCCUCUGCCCCCACGAAGCCAGCUCCUUGAGAAUGUCUUUGCUGAUCCCAAGGGUUUCGGUAUCGGUCCUGAUGGCAGGUACAGGUGUGAAGAUCCUGGUUUUACAGAGGGUACUGCUCAGGUCUAGGAUUGACCGAAUCAUGUAUUGCUUUUUUGUCUAUUAUAGACGUAGUAGCGAUUUUGAAUUUAUUUGGGUGGUAGUCGUUCAUAUUGAGCAAAGUUAAUAUCAUGGGUUUCAGCCAGAGAUAUGCAGUCGGAUCUUUGUUCUUUGUUUUCUUCUUUUCUUUUUUGCUUUGCUCGUUUCAUAUUUGUGGUAUAAGCUAAUUUCGGAGUUUAUUGUUUUUAUCUUUCAUUUUUUCUGCUGAAAAAAUGGUUCAUCAGAAAUAAAAUUUAAUCUUGUCAAUUUAA